UGGGGUGAUUGGUUUGACCAGCAGCAAGUCUAGCGGAGACAUCAACAAUGAACUCAUGAACCCACGGGAGUACAAACGCACCGCAUCACGUCUCCGACGACGCUCAUAACCAACCCUACCCUCUCAACCGUUUUUUCCUUCCCUUUACAUUCCCUCCCAUUUGGUCGUUAAAACUAAUGGAGUAUGUUCUUCUUCAACUAUCGCCCCACUCAGGCCCUCAAACUCACCCAAAGGCUCUCUCCAAAGCUAACCAUAACAUUCUCUCUCGCAAACCCAAAAUUCUUUACACAAAACCACACCACCACAGCGCUUCCCAAUCUAAAGCCCCUCAACUCCAGGAUCUCCACCUACAUCAGAAACGGCCUCAUCGAGGAAGCUCAGAAACUGUUCGAUAAAAUGCCUCAGAGAAACACGGUCACGUGGAAUGCGAUGAUUCGUGGGUACUUUUUAAAUGGGAGAUUUGAUAAAGCGGUUGAUAUGUUCGAACGAAUGCCUGAGAGGGAUGCCUUUUCUUAUAACACGGUAAUUGGCGGGUUGAUGCAGUGUGGGGAUGUUGAUGGUGCGAGGGGCGUUUUUGAUGGGAUGCCAUUCAGAGAUGUUGUGACAUGGAAUUCGAUGGUUGCAGGGUAUAUUCGUAACCAGAUGGUGUACAAAGCGGUACAAGUAUUUGAUGGGAUGCCAUUGAAAGAUGUGAUUUCGUGGAACUUGGUCAUAGGGGGGCUCGUGAAUUGUGGAGAUUUGGAUUUAGCAGAAGAGUAUUUCAGACGAAUGAGUGCUCGGAAUGUUGUGUCUUGGACUAUAAUGAUUUCGGGGCUUGCUAGUGCAGGACGGAUUGUUGAAGCUCAUGAGCUCUUUGAAAACAUGCCCAUGAGGGAUGUUCGACCUUGGAAUGCAAUGCUAGUUGGUUAUAUUGAAAAUGGCCAUAUUGAAAUUGCAGAAGAUCUGUUUCGAAAAAUGCCUGAACGAGAUUUUCAGUCUUGGAGUGAAUUGAUAAUUGGGUUGGUGAGAAGCGAAAGAGUUAAUGAUGCUAUGAGGCUUUUCAUGGAGAUGCCACAGAAAUGUCAAAAAACGUGGAACUCUGUCCUUUUGGAACUAAUAAGAAAUGGGCUCAUCAAAGAAGCUCAUGCAUUUCUUGAGAAAUUUCCAUACAGCGAUGUUGUGUCAUGGACAAAUUUAAUUGUUGGAUAUUUCAAAUUAGGUGAGGUUAGGAGUGCAAUUAAGAUUUUUGAAUGGAUGCCAACCCGAGAUGCAACCCUGUGGAAUGCCACAAUAUUUGGAUUAGGAGAAAAUGGUCAAUGUGAGGAAGGUUUAAAGCUUUUUAUUAGAAUGAAAGAAGCAGGUCCAUCCCUGGACAAAGCUACUUUCACUAGUGUUUUGACAAUAUGUUCAGAUUUGCCAACCUUACUCUUUGGAAAACAAGCUCAUGCUGAGAUAAUAAAAGCUGGGUUUGAUAGUUUCAUUGCAGUUUCCAAUGCACUACUCACCAUGUAUGCAAGAUGUGGAAGCAUGCAUUCUGCUAUGAUGGAAUUUUCUUCCAUGUCAAGCCAUGAUAUCAUUUCUUGGAAUUCUAUAAUCUGUGGUUUUGCACACCAUGGAAAUGGGGAAAAGGCCAUACAGAUGUUUGAAAGAAUGAGAUUAAGUGAUGUUAUGCCCAAUCAUAUAACCUUUGUUGGUGUUCUGUCUGCGUGUAGCCAUGCGGGGUUGGUAGACCAAGGUAGAUACUACUUCAAUCUCAUGAAAUCCAAAUGUUGUCUUCAGCCUACAAGUGAGCAUUUUACAUGUGUUGUUGAUUUGUUGGGGAGAUCUGGACUCAUAGAUGAGGCAAUGACUUUUUUAGAUCAAAUGAGAGCAGAUGGAGUUGAAGUUCCUGCAAGUGUUUGGGGAGCUUUGCUCGGAGCCUGUAGAAUCUACAAGAACAUUGAGGUGGGAAAGAUUGCUGGCGAGAGGAUUUUGGAAGUAGAACCUUGUAACUCUGGUGUGUAUUUGAUCUUGGUUGAAUUGUUUCUGAGUGGUGGAAGGAGACAUGAUGCUGAAAAAAUUUGGGCUCAGAUGAAAGAGAAGGGAGUCAAGAAGCAACCAGGUUGUAGUUGGAUUGAGGUAAACAACUGUGUGCAUAUAUUUCUUUCAGGAGAUGGUUCGCACCCAGAGUUAGGUAGAAUGUGUUGUGUUUUAGACUUGAUACACAUGGAGAUGGAGAUUAAAUCAUAAAAUCAAAUGCUGCUUCAUUUCAGCAGAUACAAGUUCCAUUUGAUGGACAUUACAGGUGAGAUUUUUUUCGCUCACGAUUUAUGUACUAAAUUGUUCGGAUCCACGGGUUACAAAUGAGGAACAUACUCCCACCCAAGUAGAGGUGGCAAAUUUGGGUCGAUCUACUCAUCUUGAAUCUUGAUAGGUUGAAAUACAGAUGGCUAUGCUGUUUUUUAACCAGUCAAAGAUCUACACAAAACGCUCUUAGGUGUAGGUCUACAAAGCAGAAAUGGAAGUCUGUCUAGUCAUGUUCAAUUAGACGUGGAUUCUUAGAAUUCUAGGAUAUAGUAAGAAGGAUGGGUAGCAAGAGGAGAGGAGUGAAACAUGAUUGCCUACAAUUCAACAGAAGAGAUUGGUGAAAAAAGAUUUUACGUUAUCCUUUUAUAUUUGGAUAUGAUUUAAUUAAAGUGGCGUUCAAUUC